GCAUCGAAACAUAUUUUCUCAGUCCGUCUCUGACUACACGAUCGUGCAGACGUGCGUUGCGCACAGUUGUGGAAGAUCGUCCUAGCGUUGACGCUGUUUGAAUUCUCCCGUUGCUCUCGGAAGAUUUUCCACCGCACGCAGCAAUAUCGCGCGUGCGUAUUUGUGGUGUGUGCGUGUGGAACCGACGGUGGUAUAGUUUUGUGCCAGUGCAGCGUGUGCAUCUUGUGGUGGUGUAUCUUCCAUUCGUUGAGCUGAGUUUUUCCGUUUUUGGAACCAACUACAAAAAAAAGGUGCACUUUCCAUAUGUGAAAUGUGAAACUCCAUGAGCGUGUGUGUGUGUUAUGUGCGUAAAGGCAGACAUAACCGUCCGUACAGUAGACGCAGAACAGAAGGAAGAAAAACAUAAGAAGAGAAAAGCAAAGCCAACACAAGAGAGAAAAAAACGAAGUAUGCAAAACAACCAUCCAACACUCAAAGCAAAACGUGUGUUGGCUCUCUGUUGUGACCAUGUGUGCCGUCAAGAGUUGUGUUUGCUGAAGCGAAGGUUCAAAGAAUACAGUGAGAUGCAAAACUAAGAGUUGCACUUCAAAAGUGAAUUGCUAAAGUGAACGGUUAGCAAAUUAGAUUAAGAGUUAGUGAAGUUGGGGUGUGUCAAUCGAAGCGAAAAAAGGUGCAAUACUUAUCAAAGGAAGGCAAAAAAUCAGUGCAUCAGUGCAGUGUGCAGCAACAAAGGCCAAAACAACAACAAAAAACGAACCUAACGAAACGGAAGCGAAAAAAGAAAAAAAAAAACAGGAGAAAAAAUCCAAUAAGGAAUAGUAUCGGAUCGAUUGUCAUUCGAUCUGCGAUAUUUGUCCUUACGUUCGAAGUGUUCAAUAUCAGUGCCAAGCCGCAAAGUGUAGAGUGCCGUGCGACGAAACAGUGUGAAUAAAGAAUUAGGGGAAGAGAAGAAGAAGGUUUCUAUCUAAGCUGAAUUAAAACCACCGCGGACAAAUUGGAUUACGCAAAGAGAAUAGAAAAUCAAGUACGGGAAUCGAUCACAAUAGGAAGCUGUCAACACACAUCGAAUCAGAACGGUGACCUUUACAAUGUUGCAAUGUGAGGUGAGCUCGAUCGGAUGUGUCCGUACGGUCGCGAAACGGCUACGCAGCUGACGAGAGUAGAAUUGUGAACAAACAAAUCGCGAACGCGACCGAGUGAAGUGCGCAACGAAUAAGGACCUCAAGGGUGGUUUGUAGGCUCUAAAUUGGCCCUAUUUUGGGAAGCCGCUGUGUUGUGUUGUGUCCACUCCAAAGGGGAAAACAAUGUCCACAAAAAUGGCCUCGAGCGGUACAGAUUGGAGGUGCAUUCUAGCGCUGCUGUUAAGUGUGUGGAUCGUGCAGACCGCAACGUACAAACUAUCACAGUCCGACCCGGACACGAUACGGAUCAAUUUAGGCAAUAAAAAGUUAGUAAAGGAGACGGUCCCACUCUAUUCGAAGUUGAUCAUCAAGUGCAACUUCGACAGCCCGGCGUGGUAUAAGAACGGCAAACUGAUUCCGGUGGAUCAUAAGCGUGCAAAAUCGCUACGCUUUGAGCGAGUGCGCAAAACCGACGCCGGUUACUAUUCGUGCGGUUCCGAGUUUCACGAAUGGUCCAACCUGACGCUGUCCGUGUUCAGCCAGGAAACGGAUCAGUAUCAGAGUGACGGAGCCGGCAUGGCAAACCUAGAACGGAAAAGCCUACACUCAUCAUCGGUCGCCGCCGCUGCCGCCACUCCCAUACUGGACAACGAGUUGAAGGAAGGCCCGCCGCGCAUACUUGGAACGCGUGACGAACCCUAUCCCUCCCCGGUGGUGCGCGGGGUGGGCGAAGCGUACCGGCUCAAAUGUGACGCCGUCGGUCAGCCGGCACCGCACGUUAGCUGGCUCAAGGAUGGGGCCGAGUACCGGGACAACUCCUACAAAUCGACGAUCGUGUUCAAGCAGCUGCUGCCGACGGACGCCGGCACGUACGUGUGCAACGUGUGCAACGUGUAUGGGUGCGUCAAUGCCACCACCGUGCUGGAGGUGGUUGAAUCGGGCGAGCACGAGCCCGCCUACAUUCAGCACAACACGAUGGAGAGCCAUUCGCAGCUGCAGGGCGAUCCGGCCACCCAGGACACCCAGGUGAUGAUGCGCGCGCUGGGCCGUUACUAUCCGGCCGGGGCGACGGAAAAGCGGCCGCAGCAUCACACCUACCAACCGGAAGACGCGGACAUGGAUGAGGAUGACGAUGAGGACGGGGAAGAGGAGGAAGAGGAGGAAGGUCCAACGAAUGGCACGGGUGUGCACGGGUCGGACACGACCGAGGACAGUGCCGGUGCGGUGAAUGGAUCGGGCACACCGCCCCCCGAUCGGGCACCGAUAUUCACCAAGAAAGACCAAAUGACCAAGAUUGUGUCGAAACCUUCGGGCAAUAUGGUGAGGUUGCGGUGUCCGGCCGAUGGGUAUCCGAAGCCGAACAUCACCUGGACGAAGGAUGGUCGGAAAAUCGAACGCGCCAUGGGCCAGGUGAAGAAGGUGAACUGGGCGAUCGUACUGGAGGAUUUGGUACCACAGGACUCGGGUAGCUACACCUGCGCGGUGUGCAACCAGGUGGGCUGUAUCAACUUUACCACCAAGCUGGAGGUGAAAGAUCGCUUCCCAGCACGGCCCCACAUUACCGAGCGACCGAAGAAUGUGACUGCGCUGGUCAACACGACCGUGAUCUUCAGCUGCCCGAUCCUGUCCGAUCUGGAGCCGCACAUUGAGUGGGUGAAGCUGGGAUUAGUAGAUCUGGAAAACAUGUCCAUACCGGAGAACGUUACCAAGCUUAAGCGCGAUCCGGACAAUCCCGAAGUGUUGACGCUGGAAAACGUUACCCACGCCGACGAGGGCUGGUACACCUGCAUUGCGGCCAACAGUCUCGGCGCGACGAACGAGAGUGCCUACCUGCAGGUGCUGGAUGAGCUGCCGCCGGACGACACGCCGACCGCACAUCCGGUGCGCACGCACUCGACGCUCAUCAUGGGCAUGACGAUCUUUCUGUGCGCUUGCUUCACCGUGCUGGCCGUGAUCGUGAUCAUCGUCUGCAAGAAGCUGAAGCGCGAGAAGAUGAAACACCGCGCAAUGGAGCACGUCAACCAGUGGACGAAGAAGGUGAUCGUGCUGAAGCAGCCGGUCGUGGAGAGCAGCAUACCGGGCAUGUCAGAGGCACUGCAAAUGCCGAUCGUACGCAUCGAAAAGCAACGUUCGACACUGGUGCAGAGCGGUAACUGCGAUCCGACCAUGAUCUCGGAGUACGAGUUUCCGAUCGAUUUGAACUGGGAGUUUCCCCGCAACAAGCUACAUCUGGGCAAGAGCCUGGGUGAGGGAAUGUUUGGCAAGGUGGUGAUGGCGGAAGCGCACGGGCUGGUCAAGGGCCAUCCAUCGACCGUGGUUGCGGUGAAGAUGCUGAAGGAGGGACACACGGAUGCCGAUGUGAAGGAUCUCGUCUGCGAAAUGGAGGUGAUGAAGAUGAUUGGCAAGCACGUGAACAUCAUCAAUCUGCUCGGCUGCUGCUGCAAGGAUGGACCACUGUACGUAAUCGUCGAGUACGCGCCGCACGGCAAUCUGAAAAACUUUCUGCGCAGCCAUCGGUUUGGCUCGAACUACGAGGCGACGAACGAAAAGGAGAAGAAAAUCCUCACCCAAAAGGAGCUCAUCUCGUUCGCGUAUCAAAUUGCACGCGGAAUGGAACAUUUGGCAUCGCGAAGGUGCAUUCAUCGAGAUUUGGCGGCGCGUAACAUUCUCGUGAGCGACAACUACGUGAUGAAAAUAGCCGAUUUUGGACUGGCGAGAGACAUCCACGAUCAGGAGUAUUAUCGUAAAACGACGACCGGCAAACUGCCCAUCCGAUGGAUGGCACCAGAAUCGCUGGAGGAAAAGUUCUACGACUCACAGAGCGAUGUAUGGUCCUUUGGUGUGCUGCUGUGGGAGAUUAUGACGCUGGGAGGCAACCCUUACCCAUCGAUACCAACGUGGGACAACUUGCUGGAGCAUCUGAAGAAAGGAAAACGGAUGGAAAAACCUCCACUGUGUUCAAUUGAAAUAUACCUUUUCAUGCGCGAGUGUUGGCACUAUCGACCCGAGGAACGACCCACGUUCAGCGAAAUCGUACAACACCUGGACCGGCUAGUAAGCAUAACGUCCAACGAGGAGUACCUAGACCUAGGGCUACCGCAGCUAGAAACACCACCCUCUAGCGACGAUAGCGACGACGACGUGGAGGAGGACGAGGAAGAUUGCGACGAUCAGGCGGGCACGGAGCACGAGCGUGUUCAUAUGUAUCGAUUCAACAGAAGCUACAACAACGACUGUAUCUACUGUUUCGCUGCCGGAGCCGAAAUCGGACCGCAUCGCAAUGACCACUCGUACCAGUUCAUGGACUCGGGCAUUCUGUCCAUCUUCCGCGGCAAAAGCGGCUGGUCGGCCCGGGAAGAGCUGCACCUGCUCGAUGCCAUAGAGCAGUACGGGUUCGGCAACUGGGAGGAUAUUAGUAAACACAUCGAAACCCGCACCCCGGAGGAAGCGAAGGAAGAGUAUGUGUCCAAGUUUCUGAACGGCACGAUCGGGCGACACACAUGGCAAACGGCGGUCGACCAGCGACCGAUCCUCACCGAUCACACGUCGGACGAUACGGGGCCGCUGAGCCAGCUGCUGAUACAGAAGCUGCCGCCGAUGGACUGUACCGCAGAGGAGGCGGCCGCUCUCGGGUACAUGCCGAAUCGGGACGACUUUGAGCGCGAGUACGAUCCGACGGCCGAGCAGCUUGUGUCGACGCUCUCGCUACAGCCGGACGAUGAGGAUGUGGACAUGCUGCUGAAGCUUGCCCAGGUCGACAUUUACACCCGCCGGUUACGGGAGCGCGCCCGAAGGAAGCGGGUCGUGCGCGACUACCAGCUGAUUGGCAACUUUUUCCGCGGCAAUAUGAAGCGCGCCCGGCAAACCCGCGACCAGCGUGAAUUCCGCGAACGGUUACGCACGUACUCGCAGUUCUACACCUCGCUGGAGUUCGAACGGCUCAUCUCUUCGCUGGAACGCGAGCGAGCGCUUCGGAUCCGGCUGUCCGAGCUGAACCGGUACCGCUGGAAUGGCAUCCAGCGCGUCGACGAGUGUGUGCAUUUCGAGCAGCAUGUUGCCGCGGCCCAGUACCGCAACACGGGACCGUACGGACACGGGCGCACGCCCACGCACCACACCGACGACCGGGGCUGCUCCGACGACUCAUACAGCAGCAAAAACUGCUUGGAUAGCUUACAGCGGGAGGCAGUGACGAACCCGGGCGGCCAUCAUCAGCCGACGAGCGGUCAGAAGCACCACCACCACCACCACCACCAUCAGGCGAACGCCGCCGGCGGGGUAGGAAGCCUGGCAGCCGAUCCGGCCCAGCAGCCCGGGGGUCAACUGCUAACGUCUAACGAGAUCCAGCUGUGCAGUACGCUCAACAUGCCCGUCACGCGCUAUCUCACGCUGAAGACGGUGCUGCUUAGCCGGCCCGCGCUCGACCACAACAUCAACUCGGUUGCGGAGAGCAUCGUGAAGAAGUAUCUGUUGAACGGAGCAUACCUGUACACACAGCGACGACUACGACCACGACGACGACGACGUCAACACGGCUACGUUGCCCCACACAGAAAGAUGGUUGGUCGACGAUCGCUUGGAGGGAUCCGUACGGGGGGUACGAAGAAGGAAGAAAUACUGUUAAACGUUCAGGUGAACGGCGAUGACGAGAUCGAUCUGGUGCCCGUCACCAAGCAAAAGGAUUACCGACGCAGCGCAUCCGGCGUCGACGAUCGGGAAGGCGAUGAGGAGGAAUCGGACGAGCUGUCGGACAAUCCGGACUCCGACCCGGACCUGCUGGAGACGGAGGACGGCCGGCUGAUACUGGACAUGAAGCGCAGCAAGCAUUGUGGCAAGUGUAAAAAGCUGUUCAAAUCGUCGGCAGAAAAGAAAGACCACAAAUACAAGUGCCCGGGCGUGGUGGAUGAGGUGCAGGACGUUAUACUGAAGGAGCGCAAGGCGGCGAAGCACGCGAACCCGGGCGAAGAGUUCCACAAGUACUGCAACCCGAACCCGGACAAUCCGUGCUACUGCUGCGGGGAGGAUGUGAGCACCGCCCACGUCGGCCACAUUCGGUGCAAGUUUUGCCCGAAAUCGUUCAAAGCGUACGAGUACAUGGAGCGGCACCUGAGCUCGGUCCACUCCGAGUCGGACGCGUUCCCGUGCGGCUACUGCAACGCCAAGUGCAGCACGCAGUCGGUGCUGGACGAGCACGUGAAGACGCACGACGAGGGCAAACCGUUCGCGUGCAUGGCGUGCGGGAAAGAUUUCACCCGCCGCUACCAUCUGGACCGGCACGAGAAGCACACCAAGUGUGGCACGGUCACGAAAGAGAUCGCGGUGCUGCCGUGCGAGGUGUGCGGGAAGGAGUUUACGCGCAUCGACAAUCUGCGCGAGCAUUUGCGCUCCCACAUGGGACAGGGCGCCCGGAAGCGCGACUACCAGUGUCCGUACUGUGCGAAAUCGUUCUACGGCUCGUCGCUGCUGAACAUACACAUCCGGACGCACACGGGCGAGAAGCCGUUCCCGUGCGAUCUGUGCCCGAUGUCGUUCCCGUCGACCGGUGCGCUGCGGAAGCAUCGCCGCAAGCACACGGGCGAGCGGCCGUACCGCUGCGACGAAUGUUCGGCCACGUUUGCGGCGCGCGAAACGCUCAACCGGCACCGGAAGACGCACACGGGCGAGAAGCCGCACGAGUGUGACCAGUGCGGCAAGCGGUUCAUCCAGGCCACGCAGCUCCGGGCGCACGCACUGACGCACAGUGGCGAGAAUGCGUUCCAGUGCAGCGAGUGCGACGCGUCGUUCAACCGGAAGGCGCGGCUGAACGAUCACAUCAAGUUUACGCACCGGGGCGAACACCCGCACGAGUGUGACCAGUGUCCGAAAACGUUCCUGCGCAAGGAGGAUCUGGCGCGCCACCUGCUUAUCCAUUCGGAGAGCAAGCCGUUUGAAUGUUUGGUGUGCAAUAAGUUUUUCACCACCAAGCAUGCAAUCCAGCUGCACCAGCGAACGCACGACGAAGACAAUCCGGUACAGUGCAAGGUUUGUUCGGGGACGUUCAAGCGGGAAGACUGCUUGCUGCGCCACAUGCGCUCGAAACAUCGUGACUACUUGGACCAAAUCAUCGAGGACACCGAGAAGGAAAAGAUGAAAAAGCUGAUCGCCAAGAGGGACGCGGAAAAGGAGGCGACGGUCGAAAUUGACGGCGCCGUCUAUCAGAUCACAACGAUGGAGGACAAUCCAGCGCAGACGGUGGAAGUGUUCGAGGUGGUGGAGAUUCCGGCCAGUACCGGAAAUGCGACGCCCAUCGCGCUGCCUCCAACCACCUCGGUUCCGUACGACCUGCUGCCGAUCACGGAGGAUACGGAGGUCAUUUUAGGUGCAAACGAGGAAGUGGAAUUUAUUGACAAAUUGAAGACGCAAUCCACCAUACUACCACCUGUAGUGGUAGCCGCGAAGAGUGUGAAAAAGGAAAAAGAUUCGCUGAAGGAAGUAAAGCUGCUGCCGGCCCCAGCGGUCGUGACUGUUGCAGCCGAACCCUUACGUACAAAGCCAGCGGAGCCGGUGGUUGUUGCGACCGCUAAGCCGAAGGAAGCCAAGGUUGUGAGCAUUAAGGGCAGUGAGGCGAUCUCACCACCGAAACGGCAAAGCGUUCCGAGCGUCCCGAAACCGAGCGCAAGUGCUGCAACCGCACAACAAAAGCAGGAAGCUGUAACACCCCGUCCUGCAAAGGAGCUACCGACAAAGGCGGCAACUCCUUCCCCGAAGCAACCGAAAGAGCAAUCGAACCUUCCCACCGUGCUGGCGGUGGAAAGUGUGAAGCGUGUCAAGCCGGAACCACAAGUGUCACCACCGCCAGUAGCACUACCGCCGGCAGCUUCGCGUCCGAAAGAAGCAAAGACAAAGCCGCUGCCGGUGGCGGAGGAACCGAAAGCGAAGCGCAAACGUGAAUCGAAAUCGUCCACCACGCCGAAGCGUGCGCGCGUGAUGGAUGAGGACAGCAUACCGAUCUUCCUGAGCGAUGAUAUGCUGGAGCAAAAGAUAUCGGAACUGCUGCAGAUGCUGAUGGGCGACGACAUGCUGACCAGCUUCGGCUGGCCGGACGCACCGGUGGAGGAGGUGCUAGGCCGCGUCAUCCGGGGCUGCGGACAUCAGCCGGCAAAGGGCGAGGAGGUCGGCGACCACACGACGCGCAUGCGGGAGAACACGAAAAUACUGUUCUCCGUUACGAUGGACGACGAAGACAUUAAGGCGCUGCUGAACAAUCACACGGUCGAUGAGGUCAUUAUGCAUGUACUGAAGAACAAAUGAUGAUGAUGGUGGUGGUGGUGGAUCGGUGGCUUUCCGCCCAAGCGCCAAGCGAUGUCAGUGUGACCUGUACGUGUUAGGGAGCGUCUUUAGUAGAGAGGGUUUUCAACGGCAUACGGUAAGGUGCAAUUGGUUAAAGUUUUACGAGAGUUUUUACUACCUUUUAACAUCCAGCAGCGAGAUUUACAACUUUGUGGCCUUCCAAAGACCUUAUUGCUACACAACUGUAAGGUUAUUGAGAGUAUUUUUUUAUUAUUAUUCACCGAAGAUUAUACUAUUGGAUUGUAUUGUAGAGGGAUACAAUAAAUGUGAACUGAUUAACGAUUUUUUUUCUUGCUAGGGGAAAA